GUGGCUCCUGGACGCGGCGACGGUUUUUGCGAUUACCUUAUCAACAAAUUUAUAAAAGCACAUGCCUACAAGAGGCUAAUCAUCAGAGGUGUGAUGCCUUGGAAAAAUCCUGUGCUGUACUUCUUCGUAACAGCGACUCUAACGUCUUUAAAAUGUUGUGGUGGACAAGCGGCCGAAACAGCAGAUGUUGCGCAAAGGCCUCCGGUGCAAGGCAGGCUUCACUUCAAAAGUGUGGUGUCCGAUGUACAACAUGAAUCUGCGGUCCCCACUCGAUACGGAUCCCUCGCCUUCGAGUCUGACAAGGAGGGUGAUCACAAAUCGACACCUGUGUUGCACCGUUUGAUGGAUGCAAAACUCAAUCGUCUGGAUCCAUCAGUACAAUGUAGUGACAACUCGAUGACUCUGAAAGUCAAAUGGCUUAGAGCUCCCCAUUUACUCGUGAAUAGUGGUGUGGGACCUCUUACUCCUCUGUCUCAAAUGCCCUCCAGCUGUGGAUUCUCUGUGAAGAGGUCCCGUAGAGAUGUGCUUUUUGCUGCACCUUACCAGGGCUGCCAUGUUAUUCAACAGGGUGGUGAUUAUGUACUACCACUGCGUUUAUGGGGGGCACCAAUGACAAUGUCUUGCCCUGCUGUGUUACCACCACCCUCUGUUUCCUGCUUCCCGUCUGGAAUGGUGGUGAAGAUUGGGAGUAUUACAGCAAAUGAACUCAAAGUAAAGGAGUCUGGUGUGUGGAAGACUCUUUCAUCAGUCUGUGGCAGUUGUGGACUUGCCGUUGAAGUGUUUUCCAGAGGACUUGUACUCACUGCACCCUACAACAGAGGCUUGUGCAUAGAGAUCAAGGAUGAGCAGUAUUUACUCUCUCUUCUGUUGGCGGAUGUUGAGCUCUUAGUCACAUGCCCUUCAUUACCAAACAUUAAGCCUACCACAGCAGCAACUACGCCUCCUAGUGACCAUGGUCAGGUUCUGCAGUAUCAUCAAUUCCCCCAGUUUCCAAUGUUUCCACAGUACCCAGUGCUUCCUGAGCCCACCCCUCCAACACACACCCCUGCUCCUGUCACAGGUACAGUGGCACCACUGCCCCAACAACCACAGUUUCCCUCAGCACCUGCUGCAGAACCAGCUCAGCACCCUUCAUUCCCAUUCAUGCCACAGUAUCCACAGUUCCCUCAAUAUGUCUUGCUUCCCAGACCUGUACCACCAGUGCAGUCUACUACUAAUAAAAACACUGCUGCUCCCCCAGCCCAGUCACCUCAGUUGCCGCCUCCCCAGCAGCCACAGUUUCCAGUGCUACCUCAAUAUCAUUUCCUCCCAUUCCCUAAACUCCCACUGCCUCCAGAAGGCCAACCCCAAGCUGUUCAAAAUCCCAAACCUGUAAUUCAGCAGCCCAAACCACAACAUGUGCAUCCACAUACCUACCAGAUCCCUGUGUUGUAUCCUCCUCCUAAGUAUCCCUCUCAAAGACUAAAUACUCAAGCUCCGACUGCUGCUCCUGUCACCACCUCAACAACCAGUGCAGCCACUGCUGAAAAGCCAUUUUACUAUCCACACCCUCAUAUGCCAGUAUAUUACCCUCCUCAGCAGGCUCCCAUGCCUGUAUUUCCUGAUUCUCCAACCACGCCUCUUAGAAACACAGCUCCAUUUGAUCAGCACCAACGUCAGCCUAUCUACCACGCUGUGCCUCCAUUUUACCCUUUUCCUUCUCAUCAGUGGCCAAAAUCAGUUGCAAGAAGCUGGUAAAGGUACUGCUGAUGGCCCCCAGGAGCAUCAGACUCUUCUUCAUACAUUUUGAUGAACCCUGCACAUUUGGCAAGCAAAGCUGUAACAAACUCUCUAAGGAGCCUUUCCUACUGAAUAGAAAUCGAUCACUAAA